GCAUGCCCUAAUCGUGAAGUGGACUAAAACUCCCUCUAAAGUGUGACGCGGAACACGCCCUUAAUCCAAUCGGGCUGACAUCGUGGGAGUUCUACGCUUUAAGCCAUCCACAACAGUACAACACCGUGACUAUCGAGCCCAAUACUACCAAUUCGUAGGCUUCAGUUCUUCCUUUUCUGGUUUGAUGACGAUCAUACAAAACUUCUUGUGAUUUCGUUCCCAAAUGCUCCAUUUCAAAAAUUUCGCAACAGGGCUAAUACGGUUCCGGUACAUUUUUCUCAACCGCCAUUUCAGUAACUCAAAUUCUUUGGUGAAUGGCUCCACCGCGCCUUCGAAAGACGACUAUUUCGCUGCAAUCCACCAUAUCUCCCACAUUGUCCGCCGAGACUUCUACAUGGAGCGCACUCUCAACAAGCUCCGAAUCUCCAACCUCAAUUCCGAGCUCGUUUUCAGAGUCCUUCGCGCUUGCUCCAACUCUGGUACCGAGUCCUUCCGUUUCUUCAACUGGGCUUGCUCUCACAACCCCUCUUACCAACCCACUACCCUUGAAUUUGAAGAGCUCGUCAAAACCCUAGCUCGGACCAGAAAGUAUACCACGAUGUGGAAAGUUCUUCUUCAGAUGAAGACUCAGAAUCUCAAAAUUUCACCGGAAACGAUAUCGUUCAUAAUUCAAGAGUAUGGUAAGCAGGGCCUUGUAGAUAAUGCGGUUACCAUAUUCAAUCAAUGUUCCAAAUCUAUCGAUUGUCCACAAACAGUUGAGGUCUAUAACGCGUUACUUUUUGCGCUUUGUGAGGUUAAAAUGUUUCAUGGAGCUUAUGCGUUGAUUAGGAGGAUGAUUAGAAAAGGCGUAACUCCUGAUAAAAAGACUUAUGGAACUCUUGUAACUGGAUGGUGCUCAGCGGGGAAGAUGAAGGAAGCUCAGGAGUUCUUGGAGGAAAUGAGCCAGAAGGGGUUCAAUCCUCCUUUGCGAGGUCGUGAUCUUUUGGUUGAAGGAUUGCUUAAUGCAGGGUAUUUAGAAUCUGCUAAGGAUAUGGUUAGAAAAAUGACUAAAGAAGGAUCUGUGCCUGAUAUAGGAACUUUUAAUUCUCUGAUUGAUGUUAUAUGCAACUCUGGAGAAGUUGAUUUUUGCAUUAAUAUUUUUCAUGAGGUGUGCAAGUUGGGGCUUUGUCCUGAUAUAAAUACUUACAAGAUUUUGAUUCCAGCAACUUCGAAAGUAGGUAGGAUUGAUGAAGCAUUCAGGCUUUUGCAUUGCUGUAUUGAGGAUGGACAUGUACCGUUUCCAAGUCUUUAUGGACCAAUACUUAAAGGAAUGUGUAAAAGGGGUCAGUUCGAUGAUGCAUUUUGCUUUUUUGGUGAUAUGAAACAUAAGGGGCAUCCACCAAAUCGACCAGUGUACACAAUGUUGAUAACAAUGUGUGGACGUGGAGGGAGAUUUGUUGAUGCUGCUAAUUACUUGAUGGAAAUGGCUGAACUUGGUUUACCUCCAAUUUCAAGGUGCUUUGAUAUGGUUACUGAUGGAUUGAAGAACUGUGGAAAACAUGAUUUAGCAAAGAAGAUUGAACAGCUUGAAGUUUCUAUUCGAGGCAUUUGAUCCUAUAGUAAAGUAAUAAGCAAGUACUUAUUCUGCUUGAAGGAUGUGGUUGAAAUGGAUAUGAAAAACGAAAAACUACAGAAGUCGGAAAAAGGACAAACAAAGAAGCACUUCUCUUAGGAAAUUCCUUCUAAUCACUCUUACACAUGUGGAGAGAGUUCAGAGAAAGGAAGUCUCAAGUUGAGGUUAUCAUCCAGCGAACGAUCAACAUUUUCAGAUGCACUGUAUGGAUUGUGACUGAGGCUACUGCUAUCUAGGGAAGUGCUGAAUUCUUUGAGUUCAAAGGUGAAUCGUUUUCUUGCUUCAAGGUGGCGUUCUCUGUCAAAGGAUUGCAGUAGCCUUUUCUUCAAAUCUAUAUCAAUUGGAUUCUUGUAAUGUCUUCUGAUUCCGGAAGGAAAGACGACUACUUCCAAGUCGAUUUGAAUUGGGGAGAGAUUGUGCUCUUAUAAAAGGGGGUUAACUGUAGACUCUCCUUAGCUUUCCAUAUUCUCAUGUAUUUCAAUCCUGCGAUCAUUCAAUCUUCAAUUAUAUGCUUGUUUUUUCUUUGGUGAGUGAUGUAGAUAUGGUAUAUGUUGGAUAUUAUAUUAAACCGGAUGUCCUGGAUUUAAGCUCUUGUUGUCUCUCAAUUUAAUAAUGAUUUUCACUUGUUUGGUCU